UCACCUCACCGCGGAACUCAAAACACAGUUCGAGGUUCAAACCUGAGCUGGAAGCCGUAAACUUAAAACCUGCGGUCGCCUCCACCUUCCGCUUCACUCUCGGAUUACAUCGGUGCGUCACGGACAUUUCGUUCGCGAUAACCUUCCCAGAAGCGAAGUUACUAAAGAUCUGACUUCGGCAGGUAGAAGAAAUGCGAUGGCGAAUCCGGUGACAGUCACUUGGUCCAAAGUAUAAAUGUGCUGAUCAGGUGUUUUUAGAAGUGGACCGUCAGUGACACGAAGACAGAGCCGUCGCGCCACGCUGUCACUCUGAAUCUGGCAACCGCGAGUAAGUUAAUUGCAAGAUGAGUACAGAAGACCAAAUUGCACCGCUGUCCCCCAAGACAUCACCUACCACACCAACCAUGACACCAUUUACGCAACGAAAAGAGAGUAACUCCUCAUCUGAAGACAACAGACAGGACAGCUGGGAGUUGGUUGAGGACUUGCGGGGACUGACAGAAAAUAUUCAGAAGCCUGAGAAGCAGGAAGGUUUGCUGUUGAAAAAGAGAAAGUGGCCCAUGAAAGGCUGGCAUAAGAGAUAUUUCCUGCUUGAAAGGGGCAUCCUUACAUAUGCCAAGACGGGGACUGAUCUGAAGAAGGGGAGGUUACGAGGUCGCAUUGAUGUUGGUCUCUCUGUCAUGGCCAUGAAGAAGAAGUCAAUGUGUAUCGACCUGGACACAGAGGACAGUAUCUAUCACCUCAAGGCGAAGACUCGGGAUCUGUUUGAACAGUGGGUGACGCAACUACGCCAUCAUCGAAUGUUCCGUCAGAACGAGAUCGCCAUGGAGCCUCCCGAGCGACAGCUGCAAUCUGACCCCACCUCCAACAGACGACGUUCAUUUCUCACCAAGCAGCCUUCAGCCCUUUUGAAGAACAGCUGGCGCCAAAACUCACAAGACAUGGAGAAGUGCUGCAAAGAUCUAUCAGAGUGUGAGUCAGGGCUGCUGGAAUUAAAUCUGCUGCUGAAAAAUAUGGAAGUUCUUCACAGAACAUUCUCAGCACCUGCCAUUAACUUACUGCAGACUGAAGGCUCUAAAAAGGAGAAACGAGGACACAAAAAAUGGAGAUCAAAGAAUUAUAGCAAGGAAAAUAAAAGCACACAACAGCAAAAUCCUGAUGUUUCAUCUUCCCGUCUGCACGUAUCUCACCCAAACUUGAUAUAUUCAGAGCCGGUUUCACCAGACUCAUGCCUGGAUAGUCCAGAUUCACCAACAGAAGCCUCUCGAAUGCAGGAGGAGUUCUGUCGGCUCGCUGGCACUGUUCAUUCCAAUCUUCGGUCAGCGUACACUUCCCUUUGCACAGAAAGAGACCGAGUCAGGAACACAUUGGAUUGUAUCAGUGAAAAGGAUGUCCUCUAUGGGUCACGCCCUCUCCUGCAGCAGGCGUCCAGUGAGAGUCGAGGUUCAAUCCCAGAAUCCCUGUCAGAGUUCUUUGACGCUAAAGAGUAUCUGCUGUCUGGCAGCUCAUCUGAAAAUGAGGUGUCUGAUGAUGAUUCGUACAUCAGUGAUGUGAGUGAUAGCACGUCAGUAGAGUAUUGCAGGAAUGAGAACGGCACCGCAAAGGAGAUUCUAAGUAAUGGCAAUGACUGCGCAGUGAUGCGGCGAGACCGUUUGCCGAGUUCAUGCACGAACGAGAGCGUGAAUCUGUGGAGUAUUCUACGUAGUAACAUCGGUAAAGACCUGUCGAAAGUUGCCAUGCCUGUUCAACUCAAUGAGCCCUUGAACACCCUGCAGAGACUAUGUGAGGAAGUUGAGUACUGCCACCUGCUGGACACGGCUGCAAACACACACGACCCACACAUGCGCAUGUUGUAUAUAGCAGCAUUUGCUGUAUCUGCAUAUGCAUGUUCGUUCACUAGAGCAGGAGGAAAACCAUUUAAUCCGAUACUGGGAGAGACAUAUGAGUGUCUCCGGCCAGAUAAGGGCUUCCGCUUCAUUGCUGAACAGGUCAGUCACCAUCCACCUGUGUCCGCUUGUCACUGCGAGUCCAAAAACUACACAUUUUGGCAAGAUGUCCGAUGGAAGAAUAAGUUUUGGGGGAAAUCCAUGGAGAUCGUUCCCAUGGGAGUCACUCACUUAGAGCUGCCAGGUUUUGGGGAUCGUUACGAGUGGAGUAAAGUCACUUCAUGCAUUCAUAACAUUCUGAGCGGUCAGCGCUGGAUCGAACACUAUGGGGAAAUGUCAAUCAAACACUCUACCACCAUGGGAGACAUCAGUUAUUGCAAAGUGACUUUCCUUAAGUCGAGAUCUGGAGGUCUGAAUGCUAAUGAGGUAGAGGGUGUGGUCACUGAUUCAGAUGGGCGUGUCAUUCACUCUCUGUUUGGUAAAUGGAGCGAGGCCUUGUAUCUGGGCAAACCGCCUUCGGCAACCUGCAUCUGGAGAGCAAAACCCAUGCCUGAGGACCAUGAGCAGUACUAUGGAUUCACCCAGUUUGCAAUUGAGUUAAAUGAAUUGGACGAGGGUUUAAAGCCACUCUUGCCUCUGACAGACACCCGUUUUAGACCAGACCAAAGAUUACUUGAAGAGGGUGAUAUUGCCGGAGCAGAAGAACAGAAAGAAAGAAUUGAAGUCCUCCAAAGAGAGAGGAGGAGAGUCCUGCAAGAAAGCAGCAUGACACACUCACCCCGAUUUUUUAAACGUGCUGAAGACGACUCUUGGGUGAGCAAUGGCACUUACUGGGACCUCAGGAAGGACCCUGGAUUCAGCAAACUAGAAUUCCCUGUGCUCUGGUGACCAUCAGUGUAUUUGUUAUUGACUCUUCCAUUUCUGCUCUGGCUGUAUAUAGAUGUAUCCCUGCUUAUUUGUUAUUUUAUGCAAUCCUGCUGAACACUGUGGGAUUUAAUGUACCAUGCUUAUGUUGAUGUUUUUGUAUUGGUAUUUAUCUUGGUUAAACAGACACAUUUCCAGAAAAAGAUAGAAAGACAUUUAUGCCUUACUUGUCAAACUGCCUAGUUCAUGUUUAGAUGCAAAUGCACUGACCAAUGACUUUUGUAGGUGUCUGGAUAUAAUUAGUGUAUUAUUAAUUAUUAAUUAAUUAAUUAAUUAAUUAAUCAAGUAAAUUAAAAAAAGAAAUCCUCAAAUCGAAUCAAUUAAAAUAAAUUACACAAUAUUAAGACUGAUUAAGAAUCUUAUAGAACAAACACUGAAGUUCACCCUAAAAUAAAAAAAAAAGAAAUGAUUUUUUGUAAAUUAAGUCUAUAUUUUGGACCAUUAUAGGUUUUGUGCAUUAUGACCUUAUUUUUUAUUGUCAUUCUCAUUACUGUAACGUGAAAAAGAUGAUGUAUUUAAUUGGUAAAGUGUUUAUACAACUUGAUAGUAUUUGUUAUAUACUUUUCAUUGUUUUUCUUUUUAAAUCAGCACAAAACGUUAUAUAAAAAAAAAAAAAAAUCAAAAGUAUUACAGUAAUGAGAAUUUAGGGCACUUAUUUGUCAUGAAAAUAAUGUCGACUGGCAAAUAAAACAAAUCUUAGUCCUAAAAAUAGGCUUGAUGUUCUUUUAUACAAAAUAUAAUUUCUUAUUUAUUUGUUUUGUUUUAUUAAAUAGUAAUUGAGUUAUUUUGAGUGACCUGAGCUGAAUGUUGUAAUGAGAUUUACACCAGGAGAGUUCGUACUAUAAUUCAUCCAUUGCUGACUCAGUCGCUCUACUUUAUAAUCAGGGAAUAUAGAAAUCAAAAAAUAUAUCCAUAAAUAUUUGUGCACAUAUUACAAUGAUGAUUUAUGCAUAUUUAAAGGGACUUGGUUUUCUUUUAAUUCGUUAAUAAUAGAAAACUAAUAUAGCAAUAUAUAAAAUAUAUGUUUGAAAGAAACUGUCUCAAUUAAUGAUUGUGUAAUGCAUGGUAAUUUUGUGUUGUGUACAUGCUUGUCCUCCUUUUCUAUAUAUGUUUGUUAAAGAGAGCAAGUGAUAGUCUACAUGUAUUUCUUGAUGGGCCUGUUACACUCUAACUGUUCUGUUUCACUGUGGGUGUGGUGUUUCAAAUGUGGUAAACACAACAUUCCUUUCAAGAAUUUAAAAAAAUUCGAGGACUGUUGCUUUCAGAGGACUGGGAAUGGAUUGCAUCAGUGACCACAUGUUUCGCUGCACAAUAAAUGUAGAGAGCACAAAUCUAAGGAACUUUCCC